ACAAAUAGAAACUGAAAGCUCUGCAAGCCUCUCUAAGCCAUGCAAACUGCAGGACACUUAUCUCUCUUUUUUCCUUUUCUGACCAAGAUUUUGCUCUUCUCAAAGUAAGGGGAGGCAGAAAAUGGAUAGGUUACGUGAAAUACUGGAUUUCUGCAUCCGCCACCAGACCAUUCUGGGCUACAGUGCUGUGUCCCUGCUGACGGCAGCCACCGAGCACAUCUUUUCAUCUGUGGUGUUCAAGUGUCCCUGCAACUCUGGGAACAUGGUGUAUGGCUCUUUCUUCCUCUUUGUGCCUGCCUUCAUCCUCUUGCUGCUCGGUUACAUGGUGAACACCAGGAUAUGGCACCAGUUGACAGGCGGCUGCUCUCAGGAGAAGGAAAGCAGCACCUCGGAGUCCUGUGCCCAUUUCUGCCAGGUGCUGGUGCCAGUGACAGCCAGAGCCUUGGUGGCCCCUCUCGCGUGGAUAGCGGUCGCCCUGCUCGGAGCCAACUCCUACGAGUGUGCAGCCAGUGGGAGCAGCCUGACACAGCGUCUCUUCUGUAAAGAUAAAGGCCCUGACUGCCAAGAGAAGCUGUUCAAAAUACCCUGUGAUGCAGAAUUAUCAGCACAGAUAUCAGGUGAUGAGCUCAGCCUUCAGGCACAGUCCCAACUGAUAGGAUGGUUCCUGAUAGCCAGCAUCAUGACUGUGGCACUGAUCUCAAAAUGUGUCAGGCGCUGUUGCUCCUCGGUCAGCUAUCUUCAGCACGAGUUCCAGAAAAUUUACUCAAAAGAAGAACGGGAAGUCUUUGAGAUCAAAGCCAAAGAGCAUGCAACGAAGCUGGCAGAAAGAAAUACAAAUUGCUUUUUUACAACCACUGACCCAGCACCAUUUCCAACUCCCAGCAAGGAAGAAUGGCGGAAGAUUUCAUUGCUGUGUACAUUUGAUUCACAAGAGGUGUAUUACGACAUGAUACACAAGUACACGAGCAAAAAGGGGGGCCAGAGUGCCGAAUCCAUGGAGGAAGAUUAGGAUCGCACUGUUUUACCCCUUGUGGAUGAAGCCCAGGCAGGUGAUUCAGGGUUGUAAUGAAACAAAUCUUUUGCAAUGCUGGCAGUCUUUUAACCUUGCUGAUAUAAGAAGAGGCUUAUUCUCUGCUCUUGCUGAAAUCUAUGCAAAUUGAAGGUGAAAGCUGAUAGCUGUAACCCUCAGUAGAUUUGCUUUUAAAUGUAUUUUAAUGUUUUUGCUUAAGUACAUUUAAAUGGGAGUUUUCUUAUGUUGUUGUCCAUUAAGAGGUGUCACGUAUAAAAUAAUCAGCAUCCACAAAGAUGUCAGCACGUACUGUGUCAAAUUAUUACCAAACACCUUAAAAGUGCCUGGCAGAUGGAGUGACAAUACCAAACCUUAUCAAAGAGACAAAAAGGAAUGGAAGACUUGAACAGAAAUUUAGCUUAGUUUAUUAGCUUUCUCUUUACAAUGAAGCUUUCAGUGAAGCCUAGGGCAAGCUGUAGAUCAAAGUAUUUAGCUUUUCUUGAGGGGUUAGGCUUAUGCAUAAUAUGGCAGUGUAGGUGAAGCUUAUAUAU